CUGCAAGACGUUACUGUCAUUGUCGUGUGUCAAAGCAAUAUGUUUGACAGUUUUGCCUACGCAAAUAAAUAAACAAGGAAAUACCAUUUUAUUCUACAUGGAUUUACUUUAGUUGAAUUUAGGUGCAGUCGACAUUACUCCAAACAUUUAUUUUAAAUCAGCAGAUAUUUCAUUUUAAAUUAGAAGCCACUAUCAACAGGUACCCAAGAACACAAGAAAAUGAGUAAUGAAGGAUUUGACCCUUGCCAGAUAGUUCGAGGAUUAUGGGAACAUGAAAUGUCUAUGAGAAGGCUCCUGGAUGUGUUGAGGAACUCCCAGUCCUACUGUACUGAUAAUGAAUGUCUAGAUGUUGGAACUAGUUCCUCGACCGCCAACCCAGAUUACAUGUUGCUGGUAGUACUCGCUAUGUUCACUGCAGUAUUUUUGUACUAUUUCCGUCCAGGCUCCCAAACUGUCCACGGAGACUCAAAACCACGCAACAAUGGCAACAAUUCUGAUGGUGCCCCACCAAGUUCCACCUCCAAUUAAACUUCUUAGAAGGUAAACUAAUUAGGCAAAAAACUAUCCUUAUCUUUGGGGUACGGUAUUUUGGUUUAAAUAUACACAUAAAAAUAUU